CCCACAAUGCAACAUGAUCAUCUUUCUGUCAAAUUUUAUUCGUACUAAAAUGAACAAUAACAUCUAAUUUAGAAUGGGAAGAUAUUUAUUUUACAUAUCAUAUGAAGGGACGCCUUAUAGGGGGCUAGCUCAUGGUGACCCUGGCUCAAAGUCAGUAUUUAAUGUACUGAAGGAUGCUAUCCUAAGGGGAGUGAAACCAGGGAAUGACUUCAAACUGAGCAGCUCUAGCAGAACAGAUGCAGGAGUUCAUGCAAUAGCUAAUACAUUACACACUGAUCUGCAUAAAUAUAUUGAUGGAACAGGUGAAUAUGAGCCUGUUACAUUGGUGCAGCUGGUCAACAAGAACCUUAGGAAAAGAGCUGAGAGAAUAAGAGUUGUUGAUGUUAAAAGAGUCAAUGAUGAUUUCCAUAGUAGAUUUUAUGCUACUAGUCGUACCUACCUCUAUCGCAUUGCAGUCCGUCAGGAAGAGACGGAUAUUGAUUAUAUGCAUCGUUUGCCCAUCUCUGUAUUUCAAGCUGACAAAGUAGCAUAUAUAAGCAAACCAUUUGAUGAAGAAAAGCUACGCGAGGCAGCGACUAUAUUAACGGGGAAGCUGGACUUUGCGGCAUUCAGUGCACCACGCAUGAUACAGCCCUGGCAGAAUACCGUGAAAGAUAUGCAAGUGUCAGUUCACAGAGGCAUGAAUGGUUUCCUGGAUGAGCACACAGCAUAUAUGAGAGACAAAUUCCAGUACUGGGACCUCAUCUUUAAUGGCAACUCAUUUUUAUACCAUCAGGUACGGAAAAUGACAGGUGCAAUGGUGCAGUCUGCUAGGAACAGAAUCAGCUUGGAUGAUGUCCGUGCAAUGAUAGACAGGCCCAAUGAGAACCAUGACAUUUAUGGAAUGCCAGCACAUGGGCUCUACCUCAAGUCAGUGAAUUAUAAAGAAGAAGAUCUUGUAUUUACUGGUGAGGAGGGACUUACUAAACAAAAAAGGACUGAUGGUUUCUUUGAGAAUAAGGAAAAAAUAAGACAACAAUUUUUGUUGAAAAAACAGAAAGACAGAAAGGAUGAAAAUGGCUAAGAUAAUUUGU